CGGCGCUUACGCCUUCGGCGCGGGCUGCGGCGACUUUCGUAGCGGUCUACGCCAUCCACAACUGCAUGGUAAUGCCAGAGGGGAACGGCAGCAGGUGAGAACCCCACCGUGAUACGGAAGGCUUGCCACAGUGUUCUGCAGCACAGAAUCCAUGGACUGCUGUCUGGUCCCCAGGACCCAUCAUUCUCUGUGAGGUGACACUCCGCGGUGACAUGUCACAGUGGCUGUCCCUUGUGGCAGCGCUGGGAGCAGUGGCCCAGUCCACUUGUGGGACCCGCAGGAUGUGGAGCCAGAGAGAGCAUUAUGUCUGUCUAGAGAUAUCUUGCUGCGAUGGAGUGGCUGAGAGCCCUUCAAGGUGAGGUCCCUCCACCUCCCUGGACACCAGAGAUGUCCAUGUGUGCCUUCGGUGUCUGUUUAGGACGUGCCAGCAGCUCUGUUGUUGCUCUGAUGAGUGCAGCUGCCCAUGGUGGCUUCCCCAGUACCCCAGCAAGGGGAAAGCUCUCUCGCCUCUCCCCAUCAAGUACACAUGUGCCAGCAGAGCUCACCCUGCGCUGUGGGGCUGGAGGCCGGCUGCUCAGCCCCAACUCCAAGCAACACCAGCAACAGCUGCUCUGCUCUUUCCUUCCAGGUCUCUUCGCUUGUGUGAGCUGCGUGCCCAGAUGUAUGCGGCGCAGGGAGAGAGGCAGGGUGUCAAGCCCUGUCCCUGCCUGCACUGUGACUUUGCUGCUGCAGCGCCUGCAAGACCAGGAGGGUGACCGAGCGCAGGCGUACCGUGAGCUGGAGAGCGCCCUGUGGGAAGACAACAGCCGCCCGCCGUGCGGAGUGGUGAACCGGCUGCUGGGAGAGGUGUCCCAGGACCUGACAGCAGCCCAGCUGAGGGGUCACUCCCGAAGGCAAAGGGAGCAGCCUGCCCACGCUGGUAUUGUGCUGGUGGACGGCGGUGGCUUAGCCCUUCCAAGGGCCUCAGGCAGUCUCCUGGACCGCGUGUCACCAGAGAUUCUUUUUCAGGGCAUUACAGGCAACGGGAGGACGGCUGCCAGCAAUGUCCUGGUGGCUCUGGCCCGGAUGCACUUCAGCUUGGUGAUGGCCGAGCUCCAGAGCUGCAUGUCACAAUAUUGUGGCGGGGAGAGUGGGGAUGAAGGUGUGGGGAAAACCUGCCUGCCCACAGAGAGCGAGCCUAUCUCCUUCUGGACAUGGGGCUAUGGGGAAGGGGAAAGGAAAGGCCCAAAACUGGACACCGAACUGGAAGUGCAGCCUCACCAGAGCUGA